CCCCCACUCUCCCCCUCACCCCCUGUCCCCUAUCUCCCCUCUACACCCCCUCUCUAAGAUCAAUGAUUCUGUGCUCUGUUUACACUUGUUUAGUAGAUUGUUCAUAUCACUUGUUCUUUCAUCAAUUCCUUCACUCUUUGUUUUAGACUUGGGAUUGUGUUUUUCAUUAUAUAUUGUACUUCUCACUUACUGUAAUCCAACAAACAAUCCCGCAGCAUCCUCGGGAAGUUCCCACUCCCCACUGAUCGAAUCCUCUCAUCUUGCUGAUCUCGGUCCGCCACAUCCACUCUUUAUUAUUUUCCAUAGAGGUUGCCUGACCUGCUGAGUUCCUCCAACAUUUUGUGUGUGUUGUUCUCCGUUACACCUCCUCCUCUCCGCCCCUUUCUUUUCCCAUUUGCUGCACCUCUCUCCCUUCCUCCAUACUUACCCAUCUCUCCCAAGCGCUCUCACUCCCUCUGUCCCUCUCUUACCUCGACAGUUCAUUGCACUCUCUCUCGGUCUCUCUCUCUCACACACACACAAACCUCUCCCCUCUGUUACUCUCGCAAUCAGAGAUAGGGAGAGGGAUUGAGAGAUUGAGAGUGAGAGGCAGACAGGCAGAGAGAGGAAGUGAGAGAGGGUGUGGAGAGAGUGAGAGACAGACAGACAGAGAGAGAGAGAGUGAGUGAGAGAGUGAUGGAGAGAGUGAGAGGGAGACAGAGAGGGGGAGAGAGAGAAAGAGAGAGAGUGAGACAGAGAAAGAGGAGGGGGAGAGAGAGAGGGGGACGGAUAGGGAGAGGGAGAUGGAGAGGGAGAGAGUGAAAUUCCUCUCCUGUCUGGUUCCAUUUAGUCUUGUUUCUCCAUUUUCCCAGUAUCUUCAGCUUCUCAACUUCCCCCGAGCUCUUUACCCGUUCUCUCUCUCCUCGUUCUACACACAUCUCAUCAUCCCUUAGCCUCCCAGCUCCCCACCCCCUCCAUUUCACCAACACAAUAGAGCUGGUUACUGACAACAGGAAGUCAGCCGGGGCGAUGCCGACAUUCCUGUUUACAUCAACGGCAGAGGAUAAGGGGGUUGAGAGCUCCAAUCUCCUGAGAGUGAACACCACUGACAGCCUGUCCUUGUCCAGCCACAAGGACACUAUCGCCAAGAAAGCUCAGCGGCAUCUCUGCUUCUGUGAGAGGCUGAAGAAAAUCGGCGCCUCCUGGACGACCAUCAUCUGUUUUUACAGAACACAUCCUGUGCGGAAACUAGUCGUGUUGUCACGGCAACAGCACUGGCCAGCACCGGAAACACUGCAGAGAGCUGUGAACAGGUUCAGUACUCUCCUUCCACAGCAGCUCAGACAACAUCCCGGUGAACCUCUUCGUUGCUGCCCUGAACACCAGCGGCGUAACGGGCUUUGAGAAGGAACCGGGUGGGUUGUUGAUCAAUAAAGGUGUCGGAGCUGACGUGGAGAAAGCAGCAGUAUGGAGUUGAGAGGGAAAUUCGAAUGGUGGAGAAGACUCGAUGGACGGGAUGAGUAUUUCAGUUCCUACGACGAGCGGUACAGAGGUGGGAUGGCGAAGCGAUGCGGAGGAAGCUGCGGGUGCAGAGGGACGAUGAGCAAUGCAGAAGAGCUGGUAAUAGCUUUGUCCGAAAACAAAACACAGACAGUCCAGUCACUGCGAUGGACUCAAGUUCACGGACAGGGUGCACUCCGUUGUCUGCUGAAUCACAGCUGCGGGUCUGCACUCAAGUGCUCAGGUUUGAAAUGGCAGAACACUUGUGCAUGGGCUGUCUAUUUACGGAUAUAUAAGGAUUGGCCAAAUAUUUUCUUUGCAAGACGGACACAUCUAUUGUCAAUCCUUGGAGAUGAAGAAUUAUCUCAUCCCAGCUGGAAAUGUGUUUUGUGUCUGAAAUGAAGUUUUCUGUUGUAACUCAGUGUUAUCCACAGGAACCGGGGUGCUGAGAACACACCAGCAUUUGCUCACUGGAGAUCAGUUCUUCAACCCAUUGAUUGUAGAAGGGAUUCAAACAUCUGACUGUCUGAAUUGCCAGAUGAUUGAUCGCAGUGAGAUAUCGUUCUCCUUCUCUCAGUGUGGGAAGGGAUUCACUCACAGCCCACCCGCAGACACGCCAGUGAGUUCACAGUGGGGAGAGGCCAUUCACCUGCUCUGUGUGUGGGAGGGGAUUCACUCACAGCCUACCCACAGACACGCCAGUGAGUUCACAGUGGGGAGAGGCCAUUCACCUGCUCUGUGUGAGGGAGGGGAUUCACUCACAGCCUACCCACAGACACGCCAGUGAGUUCACAGUGGGGAGAGGCCAUUCACCUGCUCUGUGUGAGGGAGGGGAACUACUCAGUCAACCAGCCUGAAGAUACAUCAGCAAGUUCACACCACAGUGAGAUGCUCCACCUGUUCUGACAGCAGGAAGCAAUUCAUUCUGUCGUCGGUGCUAAAUAUACAUCUGAAAAUUCCCCAGUGAGAAGACAGUAACCUGUUUACAUGGUGGGAAGGUAUUCACACACUAAACCAUGCCACAGUGACACCAGCAAGUUCAUAACGGGGAGAGGCCAAUCACCUGCUCUGUGUGCGAAAGGAUUCACUGAAUCAUCUCAACUGAAUGAACACCAGUGAGUUCACACUGAAAAGAUGUUGUUCACCUGCUUAGACUGUGGGAAGGGAUUCACUCGUUCAUCCACACUACAGAGACACCAGCGAGUUCACACCGGGGAGAGGCCAUUCACUUGCUCUGAAUGUGGGAAGGGAUUCAGUGACUCAUCUAAACUUGUGAGACACUACCGAGUUCACACUGGGGAGAGGCCGUUCACUUGCUCUGAAUGUGGGAAAGGAUUUGCUCGGUCAUCUCAACUGACUGAACAUCAGCGAGUUCACACUGGGGAGAAACCGUUCAGCUGCUUUCAAUGUGGCAAGGGGUUCACCCAGUCAUCUCAUCUGAAAGUACAUCAGCGAAUUCACACUGGGGAGAAACCGUUCAGCUGCACUGAAUGUGGGAAGGGAUUCACUGACUCAUCCCACCUUGUGAAGCACUGCCGAAUUCACACUGGGGAGAAACCGUUCAGCUGCACUGAAUGUGGGAAGGGAUUCGCUGAUUCAUACUCUCUUGUGAAGCACUGCCGUAUUCACACUGGGGAGAAACCGUUCAGCUGCUCUGAAUGUGGGAAGGGAUUCGCUGAUUCAUACUCCCUUGUGAAGCACUGCCGAAUUCACACUGGGGAGAAGCCAUUCACAUGCUCUGAAUGUGGGAAGGGAUUCACUGACUCAUCCCACCUUGUGAAGCACUGCCGAAUUCACACUGGGGAGAAGCCGUUCACGUGCUGUGAAUGUGGGAAGGGGUUCACUGCAUCAUCCAACCUGGUGAGGCAUAGCCGAAUUCACACUGGGGAGAAACCGUUCACCUGCUCAGAUUGUGGAAAGGGAUUCACUCGGUCAUCAGGCUUGAAAGUCCAUCAGCGAGUUCACACUGGGCGAUGCCAGUCACCUGUUCUGAUUGUGGGAAUGAAUUCGCUCAGACAUCUCAACUGACUGAACAUCAACUGCUCAGAGUGUGGGAAGGCAUUCACACAGUUAUCCACACUGCAGAGACAGUGGUGGGUUCACACUGUGGGGAGGGUGGUCACCUGCUCAGACUGUGGGAAGGCAUUCACACACUGAUCCACACUGCAGAGACAGUGGUGGGUUCACAAUGUGGUGAGGGUAUUCACCUGCUCAGACUGUGGGAAGGCAUUCACACACUGAUCCACACUGCAGAGACAGUGGUGGGUUCACACUGUGGUGAGGGUGGUCACCUGCUCUGACUGGGAUGGGUUUCAAUCAGUCAUUCAUCCUUGUGUCCCCGUACCGAGCUUUGACCCAACGUGAAUUGGAGAGAUCAGAAGCUUGAGAGGACGCAAUUCACUCAGGUUCACCAAUGGUGUAUUAAAGGCAGUGGUUCAGGGCAGGUUAUUUUUGAGCUUUCAACAGUGGCCACUCCACAGUCAGGAUGGAUUAUCAAGGAAACCUUUAUUAGCAGGAGCAAGUGGAGCGGUCACUGAUGGAGUGGACAGAGUUGGAGCGGAGACUUUGAGGCUUUAAUUCUUUAAUUCAGUGGGGAGAGCAGUCAGUCAGAGAAGGCAAAAUCAUGAUGGAGGUAGAAUUAUUUUUGCCCCUUUACAUUUUCUUAGUUGAAACAGUGGAGAUGACAGGCAGGGUGCUGGAAAGCUGCUUUGUGGGAUGUGGGAAGGCCGGGGACCCUCCUGUGUCCCUGAUAACUACACCUGUGAGAAGGGCAUCCAGCUUCAGCUCCGAACAAUCCACAUUACGGAGUUGCAGCUGGAACUGGAUGAACUCCAGAUCAUUCAGGAGGCUGAAGGGGUGAUAGGUAGGACAUUUGAGAGGUAUUUGCACCCAAGGUGCACGGCACAGGGAACUGGGUGACAGUGAGGAAGAAACUAGACUCUCUGUUUCCCCCUGUGCCCAUCCCUCUGAACAACACAGGUAUCACUUUAGGUACAGUCGGGGAUGGUGGGAUGACCUGGCAAAGAAAAGUCACAGCAAUAGGGUCUCUGGCACUGAGCAUGGCUCUGAGACUGAGAAGGGAAGGGAGGAGAAGAGGCGAGCUGUGUUGAUACGUGGCUUGUUAGCUCAGUGAACUGACAGGAUGUACUGUAGGUGAGAAUGAAAUUCCAGGAUGGUGUGUUCCCUCCUGCAUGCUGGCAUCUGGGUCAUCUCAGGUUGAGUGCUCAGCAUUCCUCAGGAGGGUGGACAGUGAAGGUCGUGGUCCAUGUGGGUAACAAUGAUAUGGUCUGGUAGAGUAACGAGGUUCUGUAAAGGGAGUUGAGGGAGUGAGUUGCUAAUUGAAAGGGCAGCUCCUCCAGGCCAGUGAUUUCAGGAUUUCAGUGUGAUGAGGCAGGGAUCAGAAGAUUAUACAGUUUAACACGUUGCUAAAGAGUUGGUUCAGGAGGGAGGGGAUAAGAUUUUUGGAUCAUUUGAGCUUGUGAGGAUUGCUGUGUACAGAGGAGUGUGAGUGUGUAGGUAGGGACAGCACAUCACUAACGGAAUGUGACUGGGCACACAGGUCUCUCUGUCUCUCACAAACACAUCAGUGGAGUGGGAGGGAGGGGAGUGAGAAGGGGAAGGGGAAUGAGGAGGAUGGAGUUAGGACUCCUUCACAAAGUCUCACACUCACCCAACCCUCCCCCUCUGGAAUUGGUCCCAUUCCCUCCCCCAGGCUGGGGGUGAGCAUUGAGUUACCUUGCCAACAAGAAAAGGAAUUGUUCGAUAACUUCUGCUUAACACGUUUUGAUAACGAAUUUACGUUGAACUUGAACAUUGAAAUGUACUGUUGGUAAAACAUGUACUGAUGGGAAAUGGUCUCAGUGAAGGUCCGAGAGUGGAAAACGAACCGGUGUUCAGCCCCACUGCUCCGUGCCAGACAAGAGCCCCUAAAUGAGUCUGUCCGAAUGUCUUUUAUUUCCCUUCUCAACCCCAUUCCCUGCCCUCUCCCCAUGACCUUUGAUGCCUUUACUAAUCAAGCACCGAUCAACCUCUGCUUUAAAUAAUGACUUGGCAUCUGUGCCGUCACUGGCAAAAAAUUCCACAGGCCCCUCAUCUACUUAAAUGCAUGCUGUCUGGUAUCGGGUAUUUUGACCCGAAUAUUUAAAAUGGCAGCUAUCUACUCUAUCUAUAUCUCUUUUAAUCUUAUCAAGCCGUAUCAGGUCACCCUGAGCCUCCUCCACGUCAGA